CAUUAAUAUUCGUACUUCACCGUCGGCAAAUCCAGAACGUCACCGUCUCCGGCGAGUCCAAGUCAUCAAUAGGAGUGUCGAUGCGAAUAAUCCACAAGGCCCGCAGCUUCUCACCACACGAUCAUCGAAUCCCACCACGUGCAUGUCUCACGCUCACAGGAUCCCGCAUUCAUCUCCUUACUAUUACUUGCAUUAUUCUAUUUAUUCCCUCGUAGCAGACGCACAAUUUUUCAACAUCUCAUCCUCAUCAAGUCGAUAAUUUUAUCUUCUAUUUAUUGUUUGAUAUUUCUUUUCUUUUCUCCGUUAAAGACAAUUAACUAAUUUGUUGCGUUCCGUGUCAGUUUCUUUUCUUUUUCUUUCUUGAUUUUGCUUCCCCCUUUUUUUUGUCAGUAUAAAUACUCCCACUCUUGUGGCAGACCGUGUUUCUUUGGUGGGGAUUUGAGUUUUUUUGUUUGGUAAGAAAAUGGCGUGGCGUAAUUGUGGAAGUGGGUUUUGGGAGUUGAGGCCUCUGGUUCACUUACUGUUGCCUUUAUCUGUUCACUGGGUUGCUGAGGAAAUGACUGUUUCUGUUCUUGUUGAUGUUGUUACUCGUGCUCUUUGUCCUGGUCAAUCUACUUGCCCUCAGGCUAUCUAUAUCAGUGGACUCCAACAAACGAUUGUUGGAGUUUUCAAGAUGGUGGUAAUUCCACUUCUGGGCCAGCUUUCAGAUGAAUAUGGGCGUAAACCAUUGCUCCUUGUCACUGUAUCUACAACCAUUCCUGCUUUUGCAUUGCUUGUUUGGAAGCAGUCCAAGGAAGUUGUCUAUGCCUACUAUGUGAUCCGUACGAUAUCUUUUAUUAUCAGUCAAGGGAGUAUUUUCUGCAUCGCUGUUGCUUAUGCAGCAGAUGUUGUCAGUGAAAGUAACAGGGCAGCAGCAUUUAGUUGGAUUACAGGUCUCUUUUCACUUUCCCAUGUAUUGGGAAAUCUACUAGCGCGCUUUCUUCCUGAGAAGUACAUUUUUGUGGUUUCAAUAACUCUCUUGAUAUUCUGUCCAGUUUAUAUGCAACUCUUUCUGAAUGAGACAGUUCAGUAUGCUCCAAGAAGGGAGCAAGAUUCAGGUUUAUUGAGUAAAACAGUUAAUAUUGUUCGCAACAGGUAUAAGUCAAUGAGAGAUGCUGCAACAAUAACCAUUUGCAGUCCAACGCUUCGUGGCAUUGCUAUUGUUAAAUUCUUCUACUCAUUGGGAAUGUCUGGCAUCAGCUCCGUGUUACUGUUUUAUUUGAAGGCAGUUUUUGGCUUUAACAAGAAUCAGUUUUCUGAAAUCUUGAUGAUGGUUGGGAUAGGUUCUAUUGUUUCUCAGUUGGUGCUACUUCCUCUAAUAAAUCCUUUUGUUGGAGAAAAAAAUAUAUUGUGUGCUGCCUUACUCUCAUCAAUAGCUUAUGCAUGGUUCUAUGGCUUGGCAUGGGCCCCUUGGGUACCAUAUUUAAGCGCUUCAUUCGGAGUCAUUUAUGUUCUUGUGAAACCUUCGACAUAUGCUAUUAUUUCAAGAGCAGCAGGCGCAGCUAAUCAGGGAAAAGCACAAGGAUUUGUUACUGGUGUUCAAUCCCUUGGAAGUUUCUUAUCACCGCUUGCAAUGAGUCCACUUACUACCUGGUUCUUGUCUAGUGAUGCCCCUUUCGACUGCAAAGGUUUCAGCCUCAUUUGUGCGUCUUUAUGCUUGAUAAUUGCUCUGUGUUUUGCUUGCCAACUGCCACCCGAAGCAGGCUCGAACCACACAAACCGCAAACAGGAAGAGGAGGAUGUGGAGCAACCACUUUUAUGUAACAGUUAAUUGUAUGGAGGAAGUAGAGUUCUUAGUGUUAGAUACAAGUUUUGGAAUAGUCCGCCUACUCUUCAAGCUUUUACCUCUUCUAGGUUCACUGAGAGUUUAAACUAGAGAAAGAAAAAGCACCCUUGUUUUUCUCUCUGAUCAUCUUGGAUAUUACUUUUAUGUACACUGGUUUUGGAUCCAUGGGGGUGGGGUGUCUUCACCUUUAUAAAAUAAUAGAUAAAUUAUA